CUGCUUUAUUCCCACAUCCUCAGAACCACCACCCAUGUAAUAAUCUCACGUAAUCUUCUUCCCUUUCGCCAAGAACACACAGAGCUGCAAGAGAUUAGGGAAAGAUAUAGCUCCCUCCACCAAGAAAGAAAAUCCUAGCUACCAGCAUGAAGUCUUGUAGUUUUCCACUAGAACCAAGCAAAACCCAUGGCCAGUUUCUACAUAAUCACAUUGAAACACAGAGCUUCUUUCCUUCAAAAACUUCCUACGAUCUGCACCAUCACCAAGGUGAUGGAAAGAAGAAUGAUUUAAAAUGCAUAACCUCAAAGACGACUACGACCCUCCUGCAGUCUAAUAAUGGGCAGCAGCUGCCGGUGCCAGCAGGAGAUGAUGCAAUAAAGGUGGUUAGAGAUCAUAUUCAAGAGCCCAGUAGUGAUUGUGCCUCCUCCAAGGCGUUGCAGGAUGAUUGUUGUGGACGUGAAAGACUCAAGAGACAUAGGAUUGAUGCUGCAGGUAGUGUUUGGAUCCCUGAUAUAUGGGGUCAGGAGGAGCUUUUGAAGGACUGGAUCGAUUGUUCUGCAUUCGAUGCUUCUUUAGUGCCUAACAGGAUUAUGUCUGCUCGUGCAGCUUUGGUUGAACAAGGAAGAAGAGCCACCAGCUGUUCUGGAAGAUUAAGAAUAGAAAACAGGUGUUGAUGAUGAUGAAUAUCAAAUUGUUUUCCAUUCCCACUUCUUUUCCAUUGUUUUGAUAUUAAUUAGAGAAAAUUAAGUACAUAAAAAUAUCGAUAAAGUGCAAUUAAUUCCCUGGUUAUGAAAUCGGAUUACUUC